AAUAAAUGCGAUACCGGAGGAGAACAUUUGACAGUUUGAACAGUUUGUGUAGAUCAAUCUGACUUUUGCUUCGCCAGCUACAUGUUUUGAAUCAUGAAAUCAAAUCUAUUCGUUGUUUUUCUCUAUGUUUGUGUGAGUGUGGAUCGUUCAUCUACAGACAAUGUGGCUGAGCUCGAGAGCAAUAUCUUUUUGCAACCUGGACAGAGUGUAAGAGUGACCUGUUCUCAAGGCUCCAUGAUUGUUGAAAAUGGACAGAAUUCAAAAAAAGUUCUCUGUCAGACCAAUGAAAUAAAAUGCCCGCCUGUGGAAAUACAGAACGGGCGCAUUGUAAACGAGCAGCCCGAAUAUAAGGAGGAUGAGCAGUUGAGAUACGAGUGUAAUAAGGGAUUCCAGGCCAAACCUGGAGGACAGCCCCAGUGCACAAGACAUGGCUGGAGUAUAACGCCAGAAUGUGAAGAGAUUGUUUGUAGAGUAGAGUCUCGUCCAACCAAUGCUGUGAUAAAACCUGAGGGUCAAACUGUAUUCAGACCUGGACAGAGUGUGGAAAUAACAUGUAGUGAAGGGUACUGGCUGUUUUGGACCAAAGACACUUCACACAAAGUUUUGUGUAAAAGUGACGGCCAAUGGGAGCGCUCGCUGAUUUGUGAAGAAAUAACUUGUGAAUAUCCAAGGGAUGAUCAUCUGUAUGAUUAUUGGUCCCGCUUCCCCCGGACUGGAAGACUAGGGCGAACUAGCGAUUACAGUUGUCAAUCAGGGUAUUAUAAAGCAGCAGAGAAGGCUAAAUGCACAGAGAAUGGCUGGCAACCCAAACCUCUGUGUCUUGCAAGUGUAUGUGAAGAACCAGAUCUUCCCCAUGCCAAUAUUAUAAGAAAAAGUGUUUCAAGACAGACACAUUACACACAUGGAGAAUGGAUUGAGUAUGAGUGUGAGACUGGAUAUGAGCCUAAAGGACGUAUUACCAUCCACUGUCUGCAAAGAGACGCAGGCUCAGCGCCUCAAUGGAGUGGGAUACGUCAGUGCCAGGGCAGUGAGAGCGGGCAAGACCAGUGUGGGCCACCACCAACCAUUGACUCAGCAGAGGUGAUAAGCAUUGUGAAAAAGCAAUAUGAGGAGGGCAACAGAGUGGAAUAUCAAUGCCAGGCAAAAUAUAAAAUCUCUCUAAAUCGCCACAUGACCUGUCGUCGUGGUCAAUGGACAGGAGAAGUCAAAUGCCUCAAACCCUGUACAAUCACAACUGCAGAAAUGGAUAAGAACAAUAUAGAGUUCAGAUAUGGAGAGGAGAACAAAGUGUAUGCGCCACAUUUGGAUUACAUCACCUUUCAAUGCAAGGGGCGGGAACAUCAGCGUCAUCCACAAAGUCCUGAUUUUAGAUCACAGUGCUUCGAUGGUGUCAUGACUUUGCCUUUCUGUGUCUAAUUCUUGCCACUCUGCAGGUUCUUGGCCAGAAAUAAAUGCUGAAUGUUGAGUAAACAGAACUUGAACUAUGAAACUACUCAAUUUGUACUCUAAUUCUGAAAAACUAAAGACUGUCUGAUUAUGUUUUAGAUCAGUUUUCUCUGGAUUCCUGUUCAUCAUUAUAUGCUUUUCAUAUAUCAAUGUCAAACUCUUAACAAUAGAUUUUCUGAUAUGCAGAUAACAGAUGUCAUUCAUUAUACAUAAACUUAAGCCACUUGUCUUCUGAUUAACACUGAGCUAAUUUUACAGUUACUAUUCACAUAGAUCAAAUGAAAGUAAAUGUUGUUUAGUUAUGUGUGUUGCGCUCAUAUUUCUUAUGCGGGUCAGCGAAAAAUCUGACUCUUACUCAGUGAAAUAUGAUGCUCCUCUGCUACAUAUUUGAAUAAAAGUCUUUUUUGAAGCACGUUAUCCUCA